AUGGUUUCUGCAGAUGUUGUUCGAACCGUGGUCGGUGUCAUAGGUGAGUUAAUUAGAGUGCAAUUAGCAUCUUUAAACUCAAAACAAGUGCUGAGUGAGGAAUUGAAGAAACGUUAUCUCACUCAUUUUGUUCCUGUCACCAGUGCCGACUUUUGUUCGAAUAUGGAAAAAGGUUCAGUGGAGCAAUACUCACCAGCCCCAUACCUUGCAACCCUAGCCAACUGCAUGGUGUGGGCCCUCUACGGAUUGCCUAUGGUGCACCCCCACAGUAUUCUGGUGGUGACCAUCAAUGGCUCUGCCAUUUUCAUUGAGCUUUCCUACAUCAUCCUCUUCCUCAUCUACGCGUCUGACAAGAAGCAGAGGCUCAAAGUGCUUCUGAUUUUACUUGUGGAGCUCGUGCUCAUGGCUCUUCUUGUCCUCACGGUUCUCAUUUUGGCCCAUACAUACGAGAGGAGGUCACUUAUUGUGGGCAUCGUUUGCAUUCUAUGUAACAUCAUGAUGUAUGCUUCACCUCUCGCUGUCAUGAAAUUGGUGAUUACAACAAAGAGUGUGGAAUUCAUGCCGUUUUGCCUCUCGUUAUUUUCCUUUGCCAAUGGUCUUGCCUGGUUUUCAUUUGCUCUCAUCCGUUUCGACAUCUUCUUGACUAUUCCCAAUGGGCUGGGCUUACUUUUUGGGUCGGGCCAGCUGAUUCUCUACGCCACAUACUACAAGAAUACAAAGAGACUGUUGGCAGAAAGGAAAGCUAGGCAGGUGAGUUUGACAGAGGUGGUUUCCGACGGAGAUGAACCCAAAAAGAUAGGCAGUACUACUCAGAAUGGUAGUGCUCCUCACCACGGGACAUGA